CCCUCUCACUCACCUCGGUGCUGUGGUCCAAACCCGGUGUCUCUGCCCGACAUUAAACCAUGUAACCGGCCCACUUCGGUGGGACACUGAGGCUCCUCGUCACGCGGAAACGAAACAAAACCAAAACACACAGCAACCCAGCGGGCGAAAGAGUUUUCACCGCGGAGCACAACUGGAGCACAACGCAUGUAAUGGUGUUGAAGAAAACAUCUUAAAGUGGCCAACCUGUGGGGAGCUGAGAAACUGGAGUGUCCGGUUAUACUAGCUCCAGCCCCUGCUGAUGUUGUCCCAGAUGCAAACGCACACUCAGAUGUGAGAGUUAGCCAGUCCUGUGGAAGACAACAUGGCCUCCAGCACAUUGCCCAGGAAUCCAUCCAGCGGCCUCACGGACAGGAGCGGUAGCUUCUUUAAGCUGAUUGACACAUUUGCAUUGGAGAUUGGGGAGCUGAAGAAGGAGAUGGUCCAGACCUCUCCAACGGUUGACAAGGAGCCCAUGGACCUGCAAGGGAUGGAGAGUGAAGUCAGUGGUGUUUUCCUGCAGUCCCCCCACUGUGGUGGGGUGGGUGGUGAAAGGGAUUCUGGGUACGACUCCUUGCGAAGGAGGAUGAGCGUGUUGGACAGGCUGACUCAAACCCACCCGGUGUGGCUGCUGCUAGCAGUGAGUGAGGAGGAGGCCAGCCACAUUCUGCUCAAACAGCAACCAGGGGUGUUCUUGGUCAGGAAGUCAGCGGCUCUGCAGAGAAAGGUUCUGUCUGUGCGUCUCAAGGAGGAUCAGUCAGGAAGUUCCAUCAGCCAUUUCCCUGUCAGAGAGAGCCAGUACACCUUUUCCCUUGAGGGAUCUGGGAUCAGCUUUGCAGACCUGUUUCGCCUGGUCGCUUUCUACUGUAUCAGCAGGGACAUCUUGCCUUUCACCCUCAAACUCCCAGAGGCCAUUGCAUCGGCCAAGACUCAGAAAGAGCUGGAGGAGGUGGCUCAGCUUGGAGCAGGCUUCUGGGACUCUGCCCUGUGCAGUCUGCGUCGCAAUUCUCCCCGUCCUCGUCGCCCUCUGAGCCGAACCCUCAGCCCCCAGCGAACUAACAGGAACAAGGAGGUUGUGGGGUCACAGGAGAGACAAUCUGGGGCUCACUGUGACAGUGCACCCCCUACUCUACGGUCCCACGCUACUCCACCCACCUUUCAUGUGGAACGAAGGCAUUCCAGCGGUCCUCUGUGCUUUGUCAACCCUCUGUUUCUCCAGACUCAUCACCACCAUCACCGCUGUGAGGACGAUCCACCAUCUUAUACUGUCAAGUCUGAUAACAACCUAGAGAAUGCUGGGAAGGUGUUGGUGAAGCCAUUAAGCAGCAGUCAAGGUAGUGAGCAUAACGUGGACAAGAUCGAAUCGAACGGCAAAUCACGACCCCCUCCACCUCGUCCCCCUCCCCCACGUUCAAUGCCACGCCGGCGCCCUGCCCCCCCUCCACCUGGACCUCCAGCAGCUACCACCAAACCCAAGAGCAUGCAAGAGGCUGUUGCCGUGUCAGCAAAGCAAAAACAGUCCUCCAGCAGGCGCCCAGCGCCUGCUCGACCAACAAUGGGCGGCAAGCAAAGCAGCCCGUCCAAAGCUGCCAGCUCACCAAUCCCUGUGCCUUCAAACCCACCACCUCCAAGGCCUAAGAAGCCUGAUCUGGAGGCUCAGCGCUGCCACAUUGCCCUGGAUGAUGAGACCAUCGCUAAGGCUCUGUCUCGUGCCAAGCUUCCAUCCUGUCAGCCUUCACCUGCUGCUCCCUCUGAUGUACUGCUGGAGAAUAACGCUGGGAGUCUGACCAUUCCUCAUGAGAGGGGACGCCAGCGACUCAGUGAUAUGAGCAUGUCUACUUCUUCCUCUGACUCACUGGAAUAUUCACAGUCUCCGGGAUUCUCCCUGGGCUUGGCUCCUAGUCCAUCCCGACACCUUAAUCAUCCAGACCCAGUGGAGGACAGCAGUGAAGAUGAUGAGGAUGGGGAAGAUGAAGAGGAGGAAGACUACGGGGUUGGCCUGGAGGCGGACUUAGAAAUGCGCCUCCGUCCUUCCUUCAAAGCUCGGCGGCAAAGGGUCGGCGUGAGCCUCAGCGGUGGCUCUUUUAUCCUCCCAAGGGCCCUCAAGGGACGCUUCCGCAAGGUGAGCGGCAUGCUCAGCUCCCUUAUGACCCCAGAGAGACGGGCGGUGAAACGGAUCGCUGAGCUGUCCAGGGACAAAAGUACGUAUUUUGGCUCCCUGGUACAGGACUACAUCAACUUUGUUCAGGAGAACCGAGGCUGUCACACAUCAGGGGAGGAUUUUCUGCAGACUCUCAGGCAGUUUAUGACACAGAUGAAGGCUUACCUGCGGCAGAGCUCUGAGCUGGAUCCCCCUAUAGAGUCACUCAUACCUGAGGACCAGAUUGACCAGGUGCUAGAGAAAGCCAUGCACAAGUGUGUCCUGAAGCCUCUGAAGAGUGUGAUCGAGGUGGCUUUACAUGACUUCCAGGUAAGUAGCGGAGCCUGGCAGCAGCUGAGGGAGAACCUGGCCCUCGCUAAGACCAAGAAGCCCCACGAGCUAGGGGUGGAUGGAGCUGUGCCUCCUGACCAGGUGGCUAUAGAGAAGAUCAGCCAUAAAUUCCUAAACAUGAGGAAGAUGUACUCCCCUGAGAAAAAGGUGUCACUGCUGUUGCGUGUGUGUAAACUCAUCUACACCAUCAUGCAGGAUAACUCAGGCAGGAUGUACGGUGCCGAUGACUUCCUGCCCAUGCUGACUUAUGUUGUGGCUCAGUGUGACAUGCCUCAGCUGGACACAGAGAUCCAGUACAUGAUGGAACUGCUGGACCCAUCUCUGCUCCAAGGAGAGGGGGGCUACUACCUGACCAGUGCAUAUGGAGCCAUGGCCCUCAUCAAGAACUUCCAGGAGGAGCAGGCAGCCCGGGUGCUGAGCUCCGAGGCCAGGAACACUCUACACCAGUGGCACCGUAGGCGCACUGCCCAGCGUUCAGUGCCAUCUGUGGACGACUUUCAGAAUUAUCUCCGUGUGGCCCUACAGGAAGUGGACACUGGCUGCACUGCGAAAACCAUGGUUGUCCACCCUUACACAACCACAGAGGAGGUCUGCUCACUCUGCGCUUACAAGUUCAAGAUCCCCGAUCCUGAGAACUAUGCAUUGUUUCUGGUCACUGAGGACACCAGUCAGCAGCUUGCCCCUGACACACACCCUCAACGAAUCAAAGCUGAGCUUCACAGCCGGCCCCAUAACCAGAUCUUCCACUUUCUGUACAGGAAGGGGCCUAACCUUAACUUCUGCAUUCCUGCAGUCCUGCACAACGGAAACUGCCUUCAAGCUGAAUAGUCAGGGAGAGUGUAACUGGAGUUGAUCCAAAACAAUAGUUGCGUUUUGUAGUAUUCUUGUGGUGCUUUUAGAUCUUAUGUUAUGUAGAUAGAUUUGUGGAUGUGUGAAUAGGACAAAGAAGAGAAACAAAGCUGUAUAUUAUGCACAUAUAAAAUGUAUGUGAUCAUGCAGAUGAUGAGGUCACGAUUUAUUGUCACGAGGAACCACCAAGGAGUAGAAUGGACUCCGGAAAGUGCAAGUGUUUCUCUCAAACACUUCAAAAGAAGGUGAAGUUUGUGAAUAUUCAUCGACAGUUGAAACAUUUGGCCCUGCUGAGCAGAGCAGCAAGUGCUGGAUCAUGUAUAGAGGCUGGUUUGCAGGAUUUUUAGUACAUGAAAGGUUAUAUGGAGACGAACAGUUCUUCAGAUUGUUGAACAUGUUUAACAUAAUCAAAGAACAUAAAGUUAAUAUUUCAUUGUAACUAAUAUUUGCCUUAACUACUGUUACCCCUUGUGCCUCCAAAAGGAGCUGAAUAUACUGUAUGCUACUGAAAGCUCUCAGCUGUCUACCAAUGAUUAGUCAGCUUUCAUCAGAUUGACCCACAUAAAAACUUCAUGCUAAAAUAUUGAUUUAACAAGUAAAGUGAGCUACUAUAAGAGUUAUGAUUGUUUUUUUUGUUUGUUUUUUUAUUGCUCUUAUGUUUAUUUUGUACAAUUGCUGGUCAAUUGUAGCUUGUAUGUCUACCUAGAAAUAUUUUUAUAUUCAAGUGUUUCCUUUUUCAUCACUAAAGUGAUAAAGAUUUGUAUUCUCAUUUAAUUUUUCUGUCCUGGAAUCAAAAGUAGACUUUGAUUUCUGCCAGUUAUUUCUCAAAAGUCAAUUUAAAACAACACUGGUUGUUAAGGAAGUAGUAGAAAGGAGUUUGGAAAUAUAUAAAAUUCUCUCCAAAA